GCGCAGGAUUUGAUUCAUCUUGCCCGCUCACGGAGCUAGCCAUAUAAUAAAGACCGUUUUUGAAUUAAAAAUACGUUUCUUCACUAGCUACGGGUCAUUAGCUAACUGCUCGUGGGCUAUUACUUACCGGGGGAGAACUCUCUUACACGGGCUAUAUGGGUAUGCGGAGUGUGCGACCCCAGAGGGUAUGGUUUUUAGCCAUUUUGGCCAGAAAUUGGCUUUUUUGGUCUACUACUUUUUCAUCAUUAUCGAUAAGACCAUCAACAAAAGCCCUUCACAAUGUAUUUAACAUCGGUCUGAACUAGAAAACUAAUUACAGGGCAGGACUGAAAUAGUGUAUUGAUUUAAUGGUCAGGUCUUAAAAGGUGAGUCGAAUUUAUAAUUUUUGAUCAGGUCAUAAAUGGUGAAGGGAAAGUCGCAGAUCUUGGUCUUAAAUAGGGCAAGGAUUUUGUGAAGAGGGUUGUACACGCCCACCCAACUUUUCUGGAAGCACCCCCUCCUGAACUCCUAACCGCUUGUAUCGUUGCCUUGGUGAAGAUAUGCAACAAUAGCUAGCUGCCAGCCUUUAUAUAGCAAAACAAUAAUUGUGUAACAGCCUCGAGCUACGUAACAUGUAUAUGAGGCAAAACUCAAAGAUUGUUACUUUAUGCUAACUCCUAAAAUGAGAUGAAAGGUACGAUUUUAUCAUGAACUGUAGACGGUUUAUCAAACGGUACCCUCUUCUGCUUUUACUAUUGGUCAAAUUUCAGACGACAACAUCCGUAUCGCCUUUGAACGCGGUAAACGCAACAAAAAGCCCGGACGAGCCAAGGAUCGAGAAGAGCUGUCUUAAAUACGACUACCAAAUUCAUGAUGCACUGACAUCUACAAAGCCACCUCUUGAUAAUUACUUCAACAUCUCGAAUGCUAUCUACCCCUCUGAGGACUCAUCAUCUAAACUUAUAAACAUCUGGGUACAUUUGAUUAACUCCACUGUCAAUCUCACUGAAGUAGAACAGCUGAAAUUUAUUUGGAGUCGAUCAUGCUUGUAUGUGAGUGAUCGCUACUUGAGCCUCCAAGCCAUGAGCCUAUAUUCGUUGGCGACCAUAUGGCCUCACCGAAGGCAGGAAGACCUCCACAUAACAAUCAAUGAAUUUUGCAAUCCACACGAGAAGACGAGAAAGCUACUCCAAUUUUUGUCGACGCUUGAGGAUAUUGCCAUCGACCCAUCCAACUUUAAUCCUUCACUAAACAAUGUUGAAUGUGUUGUAGAGGCAAGCUCUAAACACAACUUCAGGAACGUCAUCAAAGCAUUUCCUCAAAUAUGCUGGCUUAUCUUGUGUUCCUCUUUAAUAGGAAGUUACUGCAUCAGUAAUUUAUUUAUAACAGAAUGUAAGGAACGCUACAAGGAUAAACAAUUGAAAAUUAAGGUUAAAUCAGUUCUACUUUUCGUAUUUGUUUUGUUUUGGUUGGGCACAGUUGUAGCUGUUUUUGCUGCAGCUUACAGCAUCCAAGGCCGGCAAGUAAUUUAUCCUUUGACUUACCUCUUUUUCAUUUUUUUGCUUUGUUUACGUCGCUUUCGUUACUCUCUGAGUCCUCUGAGAGGUCGUAACGACGGUGCAAUUUCUGGGGAAACUGGGGAGAACAGGAACACAGAGCCUGAACAGGAAGAGCCAGUAUCUUGUUUUCUUUGCACUGCAUUUCCAGGUUGUUUUAUCGCAUUACAUCACACCUUGUGGGUAAUGAUUGGCAUAAUCACAGAGCCGUUCUGGGCUUUGCCAAUCGUAACAACUAUAGUGAUGCUGGCAUUUUUAUUUUACGUGUUGUCUUUUCUUUUUUUCGGAAUCGAGGGGUGGGAGAAGAAGAACGCAAUUAACUUUGCACUGGUAGUUGCCGCAGGAAUGUCAGUCUUGUUAGUGCAGUUUUCAUUCUUUUUAAUCGGUCAGCAGUUUUUUGACGAAAGCUUGAUCUCAAGCGCUAUUCAGAGUGCUUUGGUUGUGAUCAUAAGCAUUUGGUUGAAGUCUGUCGUCGGGGAUAAAAACAAUCAGGAUUCGGCUAGCAAUAAUGAAUCUAGCCAUAGCGUUUAUGAGUUGGCUCGACAAUCUGUUGCGUCUGACGAAAACGCAGAGCCUCAGUCCUUUCAUUGAUCAUUGCUUAACAACAGGAAAUUGCAGUUCCUGACUAUGAAAAGCAACUGAUACAGUAUUUUGUUGGUAUAGAAGUCAAAAUGAAUAAGUUUCAAAAUUGUUGGAUAUUCUCGGACUGUAACAACAUUGAGAUCGCUCAGUUAAUUUUCUUGUGUAAAGUUCCAAAGUUCUAGAUAACAGGAUGCAUUGAAUUUGACUCAUUGUUGUCGAAAACAAAUGGUACGAAAAUUAAUUCCUGCUGUAAUAAAAUCUUGUUUAUCUUA